CUGCAUUUUUCCUGACGUCAGCGCAGCGAGCCCAAUGUCAGGCGCGAGCUCGGACUGGAGCCGAGUUGCGUCAGUGCCGAGCGCGUGUUCGCCCGCGGGCGCGCGCACCCGGCCAGCGCUGGGGCCCCGGCAGGGUUGGGAAAUGAUGGAGCCGGCGGAGGCACAGGCGACCGAUUGCUGAGUGGAACCUGCGGAAUCGGCCGAGAUGGGGUCGGGCGCGGGCUCGCCCUUCGGGACCCUCCGCUUCCAGUGGCUGCUGUUGUUUGGCUUGGUGGGCCCAGUCCUCGGUGGGGCUCGGCCAGGCUUUCAACAGACCUCACAUCUCUCUUCUUAUGAAAUUAUAACUCCUUGGAGAUUAACUAGAGAACGAAGAGAAGCCCCUAGGCCCUAUUCAAAACAGGUAUCUUAUGUCAUUCAAGCUGAAGGAAAAGAACAUAUUAUUCACUUGGAAAGGAACAAAGACCUUUUGCCUGAAGAUUUUGUAGUUUAUACCUACGACAGUGAAGGGGCUCUGAUGUCUGACCAUCCUGAUAUACAGAAUCAUUGUCAUUAUCGGGGCUAUGUGGAGGGAGUUUAUAAUUCAUCCAUUGCUCUUAGCGACUGUUUUGGACUCAGAGGACUGCUGCACAUAGACAAUGUGAGUUAUGGGAUUGAGCCCCUGCAAGACAGCUCUCAUUUUGAGCACAUCUUUUAUCGAAUGGAUGAUGUCCACAACGAGCCUCUGAAAUGUGGGGUUUCCAACGAGGAUAUAGAGAAAGAAACCACAAAGGACGAAGAGGAAGAGCCUCCUAGCAUCACUCAACUACUUCGAAGAAGAAGAGCUGUCCUGCCGCAGACCCGCUAUGUGGAGCUGUUCAUUGUUGUAGACAAGGAAAGGUAUGACAUGAUGGGGAGAAAUCAGACUGCAGUGAGAGAAGAGAUGAUUCGUUUAGCAAACUACUUGGAUAGCAUGUAUAUUAUGUUAAAUAUUCGAAUUGUGCUGGUUGGUCUGGAGAUUUGGACAACUGGAAACCAGAUCAGCAUUCUUGGAGGUGCUGAUGACGUGUUGGGGAACUUUGUACAGUGGCGGGAAAAGUUUCUUAUAACACGUCGGAGACAUGACAGUGCACAGCUAGUUCUGAAGAAAGGUUUUGGUGGGACUGCAGGAAUGGCAUUUGUGGGGACAGUGUGUUCAAGGAGUCACGCAGGUGGCAUUAAUGUGUUUGGGCAAAGCAGCGUGGAGACAUUCGCAUCCAUUGUUGCUCAUGAGUUGGGUCAUAACCUUGGAAUGAAUCAUGAUGAUGGGAGAGAUUGUUUUUGUGGAGCAAAGAGCUGCAUCAUGAAUUCAGGAGCAUCAGGUUCCAGAAACUUUAGCAGUUGCAGUGCAGAGGACUUUGAGAAGUUAACUUUAAAUAAAGGAGGAAGCUGCCUUCUUAAUAUUCCGAAGCCAGACGAAGCCUAUAGUGCUCCCUUCUGUGGAAAUAAGUUGGUGGACUCCGGGGAAGAGUGUGACUGUGGUACUCCUAAGGAAUGUGAAUUGGACCCUUGUUGCGAAGGAAGUACUUGUAAGCUUAAAUCUUUUGCUGACUGUGCAUAUGGCGACUGUUGUAAAGACUGUCGGUUUCUUCCAGGAGGUACUUUAUGCCGAGGAAAAACCAAUGAAUGUGAUCUUCCAGAAUAUUGCAAUGGUUCUUCUCAGUUCUGUCAGCCCGAUGUUUUUAUUCAGAAUGGAAAUCCUUGCCAGAAUAACAAAGCCUAUUGUUACAAUGGCGUGUGCCAGUAUUAUGAUGCUCAGUGUCAAGUCAUCUUUGGCCCAAAAGCCAAGGCUGCCCCCAAAGAUUGUUUCAUUGAUGUGAAUUCUAAAGGUGACAGAUUUGGCAAUUGUGGUUUCUCUGGCAAUGAAUACAAGAAGUGUGCCACUGGGAAUGCUUUAUGUGGAAAACUUCAAUGUGAGAAUGUACAAGACAUGCCUGUAUUUGGAAUUGUGCCUGCUAUUAUUCAGACUCCCAGUAGAGGCACCAAAUGUUGGGGUGUGGAUUUCCAGCUAGGAUCAGAUGUUCCAGAUCCUGGGAUGGUGAAUGAAGGCACGAGAUGUGAUGUUGGAAAGGUCUGUAGAAACUUCCAGUGUGUAAAUGCUUCUGUUCUGAAUUAUGACUGUGAUAUACAGAAAAAGUGUCAUGGACAUGGGGUAUGUAAUAACAAUAAGAAUUGUCACUGUGAAAAUGGCUGGGCUCCCCCAAAUUGUGAGACUAAAGGAUACGGAGGAAGUGUGGACAGUGGACCUACAUACAAUGAAAAGAAUACUGCACUGAGGGAUGGGCUUCUGGUGUUCUUCUUCGUAAUCGUUCCCCUUACUGUGUUGGCUGCUUUUGUCUUCAUGAAGAGACAUCAGCUACGGAAAAGCUGCUUCAGAAAGAAGAGAUCACAAACAUAUGAGUCAGAUGGCAAAAAUCAAGCAAAAGUUUCUAGACACCCAGUGAGUGUUCCUCGACAUGUUUCUCCAGUGACUCCUCCCAGAGAACCUGUAUAUGCAAACAGAUUUCCAGUACCAACUUACGCAGCCAAGCAACCUCAGCGGUUCCCAUCAAGGUCUGAAGUGAACUAGCUUAGAUUACUUGACCAGAACGAAACCCAGGGUUAAUGUCUAAUAUCUUCCCUUGUAUUGUUUUUUUCUG